AUAUUCCCCUCAAUUCAGCCCUUGAUUUCCCACCCACACACUCAAACAUCCUCUCUCCACUUUCUUGGAUCUCAGCAGUGGAGGAAUAAUAUCAACUUGUGGAUAUUCCUAUGAAAUCCACCCUAUAGAGUUAUAAGGACUGGAAAAGAUCACAGAAACUUCUCUCUACAGUGAACAACCAAGAUCUCUUGCUUCAGGCUCCUGACUCUCAACUGGCUAACUGCAGACCAUACCAGUGGGCCCUGCUAUAAUUGGUAUAAGAUUAGCACUGCAACAGUACACUCAUGCUUCCAAGGCCCCCAUCACAAGAAAAACUUGGAAGAAACACUUGAUCACAGCCUUCCCAAGGGUUAUAAAGGACAUGGCAUAUAGGAGGGAGAAAUGGAAAGGAUAUGGUCCAACUCUAUUUCAAAUCAUCUUGUCUUUUGCUCUGCUGACCAGGGUGCAUGGUUUUUGUGAGCCCCCACCCAGACUUACCUAUGCUUUCCCAGAAUUGCCUUUGGAAAUAGUAAACCAAACUACCUUCUCAGAGGGAGCACAAGUGACAUAUACCUGCCACUCAGGCUACACCCGAAGUGCCUCCAAGACUACACUUACCUGUGUAAAAAAUUCCUGGUAUCCCACCACUCCAUUCUGUGUCAAGAAACGAUGCCGUCACCCAGGAGAACUGAACAAUGGGAGAGUGAUUGUUAAGACAAAUCUUGAAUUUGGUUCCAAAAUAGAAUUUAGCUGCUUGGAUGGAUACAAGUUAGUUGGAUCAUCGACAAGUCGGUGUGAGAUUUUUGAUUCAGGAGUUGACUGGAGUGAUCCUCUCCCAGAAUGUGAAAUUGUUGUCUGUUCGCCGCCACCACACAUCAGCAAUGGGAAGCACAGCAGCAGAGAAGACGACACCUACAACUUUGGCUCUUCUGUGACCUACAGAUGCAACACUCCCUUCUCACUCAUAGGCGAGGCCUCUCUUUCCUGUACUGUGGUCAAUGGGACCAUUGGUGUGUGGAGUCCGCAGCCCCCUACAUGCAAAAUGGUUACCUGUAAGCAGCCACAAUUUCCUAAUGGGAAAUUCACCUCUGGUUUUGGACCCACCUACACAUACAAAAACACUAUUUUGCUUGAGUGCAAUGAGGGUUACAUUCUAAAUGGCACCAAUGUGAUUCACUGUGAAGCUGACAAUCAAUGGCAUCCUGAUAUACCCACUUGUGUGAUCAAUGCUUGCAUUGAACGACCACUCAUUGAAAAUGCUUACCUUGUAACCCGUACUCGAGGUGAGAGUGUGUUCCCAGUUGGCAGUGUAUUAACAUUUGCAUGUAAGCGUGGAUACAAAGCCAUUCCAGAUGCACUACUUACUGCUACCUGCCAGGAAGAUUUUAGCUGGCAUAUGAAUGAAGGAUUUUGUGAAAAAAUUUGUUGCCCAACACCAGUGAUAGAUGGAAAAAUCCUACGGUUCAACAAUGACUGCCGAUAUCUAGCAGGGAGCUCUAUUUCAUAUUAUUGUAAAAGUUCCCGAAGAGAGAGUAAAUGCCAAGAAAAUGGCACAUGGAGACCUGAAAUAUCCUCAUGUGAAAAGGAAGAAAAAGAUGUUUGCACUUCACCUAAAGCCAUUGCAAAUGGGAACUAUACAAAAACAUAUUCUGCAUGGUAUAAUAAUGAGGUUCAUGUGGAUUAUACGUGCAAUGAUGGAUAUGUCCUGAUUGGGAAGGCAAAAAUUACCUGCAAGAAUUCAAAGUGGUCACAUCCUUUCCCUCAGUGUCAAGCUCUUUGUCCAAAACCUGAGAUAUCAAAUGGAAAACUAUCUUCAGAGAAAAUUCAGUACCGUGGCAAUGAAAAUGCCGAAGUCCAGUGUUCCCCUGGCUAUUAUUUGGUUGGCCCUCAAAUCAUCACUUGCUCAGAGAACAAAUCCUGGAUCCCAGAGGUGCCCAAGUGUGAAUGGGAAUUCCCUGAAGGGUGUGAGAAAGUUUCAGCGGGUUACAAGCUUAUGCAGUGCCUCCCAAAUGCCCAGGAUGUGAAACUGGCCCUAGAGAUACAUAAACUAUCCCUGGAGAUUGAGAUGUUGGAACUAGAGAUCAGCAAAAAAAGGGAUACUUAUCAGAGCCAUCACCACCAUCAUGUUCUCCACAAAAUAGAAAAAGAUCCACAGACCCACACUGAUGAUUGAAGGUGUUCUGUAGGUACUCAUUCAUAGGGAUAAAUGGCUGUACUAGGAGAGUUUGCUAAUGUAUUUUAUGCUGUUGAAAAUGAGAAAUUGAUGAUAAUUUGACCUGUAAUACUCCAGUCUCGUAGACUGAUCAGCAUAGCUGGCUACUAAAAAUAAAACCAUUAGAAAAUCAGA